AUGAAAUUAUUGCUUUUGUUUUUCUUAUUAGGGUUCUCAGAUUUUUAAACAUUACCAGCUUCUAAUGCUAAUGCAAAAUUUUCUUAAAAUGAUCUUUAUGUUUUAAGUGAAAAAUCAAUUAUUAGGGGACAUUACAAAGAUGUAGCUUCGUAGUUCAAUGGUGCUUUACUAUCCUAAGCAAGAACGACUUGGUAUUGGGAACAAGGAGCUGAUAAUAGUCCUUUAAGAAAUUUGCUCUAUCAUUACCCUGAACCUGUUAAAUAAGGACAUGUUGUGGCGGAACUUGGUGAAUCAAUGAUUGUGUAUUUUUUAUAAGCAUAUGAAAUAAAUACUGUCUAUAUUUGA